AGAGUCCAUCCCUAGUUGUUUUCAUUUGAAAACACGUUGUUUCGCUGUUGCUCUUCUUUCAAAGUUGUUUUAAAUAAUUAAACCAAAUCAAUGGGCCGCAAAUUCCAAAAGAAACAGAAGGUCCAGCAGCUCGAGAUUGUGCCGCUCGAUGAGAACCCUCCGUUGCCCGCGCAGAGAUCCUCCGACGAGGCGGUGCCAAAGAAGGAGAAAUGGGUAAACAAACAACGCGUCCUGGUAUUCGCCGCCCGCGGAAUCAGUCACCGAGACAGACAUCUCAUGCGGGAUAUCAAGACCCUGAUGCCACACCACCGCCCCGAGUCAAAGAUGGAGCGCUCUAAAACAUUAUCGGUGGUAAACGAAAUGUGCGAAAUGAAGCACUGCAACAAGGCCAUGCUCUUCGAGGGCCGGCGCAAGCGGGACCUGUAUAUGUGGGUGUCCAACACAUCUGGGUCCACAGGUCCGUCGGCCAAGUUUCUGAUCGAGAACAUCCACACAAUGGCCGAGCUAAAGAUGACGGGCAACUGCCUCCGCGGCUCCCGUCCACUGCUCUCCUUCGACUCCAAGUUCGACGAGCUGCCGCAUUUGAAGCUGCUCAAGGAGCUGUUCGUACAGACCUACUCGGUGCCCAAUCAUCACCCCAAGAGCCAGCCCUUUGUCGACCAUGUAUUCACCUUUACCUAUUUGGAUAACCGCAUCUGGUUCAGAAACUUCCAAAUUCUUUCCGAGGAUGGUGGCCUAUCCGAGGUAGGUCCACGCUAUGUGAUGAAUCCCGUGAAAAUAUUCGACGGCUCCUUUACGGGCAAGACCCUCUGGGAGAAUCCCGAGUAUGUGAGCCCCGCCAAGCAGCGACAGAUCCUGAAGAAGGCAGCCAAGGACAAGUACGUGAACCGGGUGGAGCAGAAGGUUAAGCACGAGGCCACGCGACCUGUGCAGGCCUACGAAGGCGGCGAAAACGAGGAACUCUUUGAGGACGAUGAUCCCAUAGAGACGGCCAAGAUUCUAGCUGCGAUAGCAAAGAAGAAGAAGGAGGACAGCGCCACGAAAACACCCAAGGCGGCGUUGACCAAGAAGAUCAAGGAGAAGCAAAUGAAGGCCGUUAAAGAGGUGAUCGAGAAGAAGAAGGCAAAGGCAGUGAAACGUGUGAAAAAGGUUUAAAAUACAUUUAGAUACAAAAACGAUUACAAACUUUAUAAAUACUUUUACAAACUGUGCAUCCUAAGUUUGAAUAUCAAUAUAGACAAGAUUACUGGUCUGCUUUUUGUA